AUCUGAUCACACAUAUACUUGUUAGGAACAUUUUUUAUAUGAAAAUUAAAAGGUCAACUAGACAGGUUAAGGUAAGAAAAUAAAUAAAGUACACAAAAACAAUGUGAAGUAGAAGAGAAGAUGGUUCCAUCCAACGUUCGAUAUAUAGAAAGCCGACAUGGACGGGGCAAUACCUUAAUUUCCAUAGUCACUGCCCAAUUCAUUACAAACGUGGGUUAAUUAAGGGCUUAUUCAAUAGAAUCAAUCGUAUUUGUACUAGUGAUACUAUUGAAAUAGAAACGAAGCUUCUAACUAAUACGUUAAUGAAUAACGGUUAUUCAUUUAAGUUCAUAAACCGCUGGAAGGGUUGCAAUACGAUUAGACCUAUUACGCUUCUGGCACCCAAAAAGCGAGUUUAUAUUACAUUACCAUUUAGAAGUGACUCUAAUAGUCUCAUGUUAAGACGGAGACUAAAAUUAGCCAUAAAUAGGACAUUCUAUGCAGCUCAACUUGUCAUCAUUGAAAAGAUAAGGUCGAUGUUUCACCAAAAACCUAGACAGCACAUAAACGAUUGCGUCACAUCCCAUUGUGUAUACCAAUUUACAUGUAUGUGCGGUAACACGUACAUAGGGAGGAGCAAUCGUGAUUUGCAAAUAAGGGUGGUGGAACACAUACCUAAAUGGCUACAGAACCAAAUGAAUUCGAAUAGUCAAAUAAGAUCACAGGACAGACAAACAUCUUCCUCUAUUGCGAAACAUUUAGUUGAAACUGGUCAUAAGGUUGACAUCAAAUCAGCAUUUGUAGUGUUGUACAAAAGCCUUCAAGGACGUAUACUAAGGUUUAUUGAAGCCUUGGCUAUACGGAAAUUGAAACCCCCUUUAUGUGUUCAAAAACAAUUUGUUCUUACCCUUAACCUACCCUGGUAAUGCUUAUUUAUUAUCCAGAGUAGUCAUCACAUUGUUUUUGUGUACUUUAUUUAUUUUCUUACCUUAACCUGUCUAGUUGACCUUUUAAUUUUCAUAUAAAAAAUGUUCCUAACAAGUAUAUGUGUGAUCAGAU